AUCAAAGAGCAAAGUGAUGGCACCGAGUCGCGAGCUACGGAUCGUGUGCAUCUCGGACACGCAUAGCAGGCACGGCGACUUGGUCGUGCCGGACGGCGACAUCUUGAUCCACGCCGGCGACUUUACGAAGCGCGGCCUUCACACGGAGAUCAAGGCCUUUGACGAGUGGCUGGGCACGCUACCGCACCGCCACAAGAUCGUGAUUGCGGGUAACCACGAGCUGUCGCUCGAUGCGGCAUGUGUCUCGAAGCAGCUUUUGCGCCACUGCACAUACUUGGAAAACCAAGUCGUGGAAGUGGAAGGCAUCCGCAUCUUUGGGUCGCCGUACAGCACGCUCAACCCCGGCUGCAUCAUGGCCUUCCAGGCGUUUCCCGGCUCGCACGCUCAGAGCAUUUGGGGCCAAGCACCUGCGCACGUUGACAUUCUUGUGACGCACGGACCGCCGCUCGGUAUCCGCGACUUGAGCGUACGCGGCCAGCUCUGCGGCGACGAAGACCUUUUGCACGACGUUCAAACACGCAUUCAGCCCAAGUACCACGUCUUCGGCCACAUCCACGAGUGCUACGGCUCCGAGAUUCUUGGUCCCACGACCUUUAUCAACGCAGCGUCGUCGACGAUGCUUCGGCAGUGCACGAACGCGCCAAUCGUCUUUGAUAUUUCCGUCGCUUCGAAAGACAACUAA